AUGGAGCAAAUAGAGGAGGGCAGCUUCCAUGUGGCUACUCCCAUUGACUUCGAAUCCAAGGACCCUGAGAACGAAGUGAUUAAUCCCACAAUAAACGGGGUGUUGAGCAUCAUAAAGUCAUGCGCUAAAGCGGGAAGCGUCCGGAGACUUGUGUUCACGUCGUCCGCCGGAACUGUGAAUGUUGAGGAGCAGCGGCCUCCUGAGUACGACGAAAGCUGCUGGAGCGAUUUGGAAUUUAUCAAUGAUAAAAAGAUGCCUGGAUGGAUGUACUUUAUGUCAACAACACUGGCAGAGAAGGCUGCAAGGGAGGCAUCCAUGGAGAACAACAUAGAAUUCGUGAGUAUUAUACCAACUCUCGUUGUUGGUCCAUUUAUAACGCCAACCAUGCCACCCAGCCUCAUCACUGCACUGUCCCCACUCACUGGAAAUGAAGCUCACAACUCAAUAGUCAAUAGUGAAGCAAUGCCGAUACAUACAUUUAGAUGA